UGUAAAACGCAUGUUAUAAUAUUUAAAAACUUAUAUUACUAAUAGGCCUACGUCUAGUUCUUUGUAUCACAAAUGCUAAUAUAAAAACGACCAAGAAGACGUGAACAAAUAACAUUACACGAGGAGAUCCACCAAAAAAACAGGAAGGCUCUGAGCUGCCGUUUCCUUUAGGUUUAAAAGUUGUUUUGCUCUUUUCUCUGAACAGUUGACAAGAAAGGAGACGUUGAAAAUGAAGAGUUGGGGAAGAAGCAUAAGAUCGAUUUUCAUGCACGCGGACGGUGUGGACUGGAUGUUGAUGGGACUAGGAUUGAUCGGAGCCGUCGGUGAUGGCUGCAUCACUCCUAUUAUAUUUUUCAUCACCAGCUUACUACUGAAUGACCUCGGUGGUUCGCUCAAUGAUGGAAACUUCAUGAAAGCCAUCACCAAGAAUGCUACAGCUUUGCUUUAUGUGGCUGGUGCAUCAUGGGUGCUAUGUUUUCUUGAAGGAUAUUGCUGGACAAGAACAGGGGAGAGACAAGCAGCAAGAAUGAGAGAGAGAUACUUAAAAGCAGUCUUAAGACAAGAUGUGGGUUACUUUGAUCUUCAUGUCACUAGCACUUCUGAUGUUAUCACAAGUGUUUCUAGUGACAGUCUUGUCAUACAAGACGUCCUUAGCGAAAAGCUACCGAACUUUUUGAUGACUGCGUCUGCGUUUAUUGCAAGCUACAUAGUAGCUUUCAACAUGCUGUGGAGACUCACAAUCGUAGGCUUCCCGUUCGUCGUUCUCCUCUUGAUCCCUGGACUGAUGUAUGGACGAGCACUCAUCAACAUCUCAAGGAAAAUACGUGAAGAGUAUAAUGAAGCUGGUUCUAUCGCUGAGCAAGCCAUCUCGUUGGUGCGAACAGUCUAUGCAUUUGGUAGUGAGACGAAGUUGAUAGCUAAAUUCUCAUCCGCGCUUCAAGGCUCGGUGAAACUAGGGCUGAGACAAGGGCUAGUUAAAGGAAUCUCACUUGGUAGCACUGGUAUUGUUUACGCCAUUUGGGCGUUCAUGACAUGGCAUGGAAGUCGAAUGGUUAUGUACCAUGGCGCUAAGGGUGGUACCAUCUUUGCAGUCAUCAUUUGCAUUAACUUUGGUGGCACAUCACUUGGUCGAGGUUUGUCGAAUCUCAAAUACUUCGCAGAAGCGGUUGUAUCAGGGGAAAGGAUCAUGGAAGUGAUACAAAGAGUUCCAGAUAUUGACUCAGACAACCUUGAAGGUCAAACUCUAGAGAAAAUCAAAGGAGAAGUUGAAUUUAAGCAUGUGAAGUUCAUGUACCCCUCUAGACCAGAAACUCCAAUAUUUAAUGACUUCUGUUUGAGAGUUCCGUCAGGAAAAACUGUGGCUCUAGUUGGUGGAAGCGGGUCGGGAAAAUCAACGGUGUUGUCACUUCUCCAGAGGUUUUAUGAUCCAGUCUCUGGAGAGAUUCUACUUGAUGGUGUGUCCAUUAACAAGUUGCAAGUUAACUGGUUGAGAUUGCAGAUGGGUUUAGUCAGCCAAGAGCCGGCUCUCUUCGCUACAUCCAUAGAGGAGAACAUACUAUUUGGUAAAGAGGAUGCACCCAUGGAUGAAGUGGUGGAAGCAGCAAGGGCCUCAAAUGCUCAUAACUUCAUCUCUCAGUUCCCUCAUGGAUACAAAACUCAGGUUGGAGAGAGAGGAGUGCAAAUGUCAGGGGGACAGAAGCAGAGGAUAGCAAUUGCACGUGCCAUAAUCAAAUCACCAACCAUUCUCCUUCUAGACGAGGCAACAAGUGCAUUGGACUCAGAAUCUGAAAGAGUAGUCCAAGAAGCCUUGGACAAUGCCUCUCUUGGCCGUACAACUAUUGUUAUUGCCCAUCGCCUCUCUACUAUUCGUGACGCUGAUGUUAUCUGUGUAGUCCAAGAUGGUCGCAUUGUAGAAGCUGGUUCACACGAAGAGCUCAUGGAGGACUUUGAUGGUCAAUAUACUUCUUUAGUCCGCUUGCAACAGAUGGAUAAGCAAGAACCGGAUGGUAACACUAGUGUAAGGGUGGAAGGAGGUCAGUUAUCGAUAUUGAGCAAAGAUUUGAAGUACGGUCCAAAACUGUCUACUCAAAGCGAGUCUAACUUGUUAACGAGUUCAAGUGUUGACUCGAAUAUCCCUGGUUCAGUUCCUAAGAAUAAGAAGCCACCUGUGCCAUCUUUUAAGAGACUGAUGGCAAUGAAUAGACCAGAGUGGAAACAUGCCUUAUACGGUUGCUUAAGUGCAGCUUUAUAUGGGGGAGUACAACCACUAAGUGCAUUUGUUUCGGGAUCUAUGGUGUCAGUAUAUUUCCUAACGAGUCAUGACGAGAUCAAGGAGAAGACAAGGAUCUAUGUCUUGCUCUUUGUUGGCCUAGCUGUCUUUACUUUCUUGUUCAAUAUCAUUCAACAUUAUAGUUUUGCUUACAUGGGAGAGUACCUAACGAAGCGUAUCCGAGAGAAGAUGCUUACGAAGAUACUUACCUUUGAAGUUAACUGGUUCGAUGAAGAAGAGAACUCUAGUGGUGCAAUUUGCACAACACUUGCAAAAGAAGCUAACUUGGUGCGGUCGCUGGUUGGUGAACGAGUGUCAUUGUUGGUACAAACCAUAUCAGCAGUGGCCGUAGCCUGCACAGUAGGUUUAGUCAUCGCUUGGCGACUAGCCAUCCUGAUGAUCGCGGUGCAGCCACUUGUUGUAGUAUGCUUCUACAUGCAACGCAUCCUCCUCAAAAGCAUAUCCAAGAAAUCAAUAAAAGCCCAAGACGAGAGUAGCAAGCUAGCAGCAGAAGCUGUCUCCAACAUCCGAACCAUCACAUCGUUCUCAUCACAAGAACGGAUCUUGAAACUACUCAAAAGAGUUCAAGAAGGUCCAAGAAAAGAAAGCGUACGCCAAUCAUGGCUAGCUGGAACCGUCCUCGCAACGUCACGAAGCCUUAUAACAUGCACUUCGGUUUUGAACUUCUGGUACGGUGGUAGACUAAUCACUGCCGGCAAGAUCGUGACAAAACAGUUCUUUCAGAUCUUUACGGUCUUUGUGAGUACUGGUCGGGUUGUAGCAGACGCUGGGAGCAUGACGACCGAUCUAGCUAAAGGAUCUGAUGCUGUCGGGUCUGUGUUCGCAGUGUUGGACCGUUCCACGACCAUUGACCCCGAGAGUCCUGACGGGUACGUAACGGAGAAAAUAAAGGGACAGAUAAGUUUUGUCAACGUGGACUUUUCUUACCUCACACGACCAAACGUGGUUAUAUUCAAGAACUUGUCUAUUGAGAUAGAGGAAGGAAAGUCAACAGCUAUUGUCGGUCCAAGCGGUUCAGGAAAGUCAACGAUCAUUAGCUUGAUCGAACGGUUCUACGACCCUUUAAAGGGAUGUGUUAAAAUCGACGGUCGUGAUAUAAAGUCAUAUCAUUUGAGAUCGCUACGUCAGCACAUAGCUUUGGUUAGUCAAGAGCCAGCGUUAUUCGCUGGGACUAUCAGAGAGAACAUAAUGUACGGAGGAGGAGCGUCGAAAAAUGUUAGUGAGUCUGAGAUUAUAGAGGCGGCUAAGGCAGCGAACGCUCAUGAUUUUAUUACAUCGUUAACAAACAGUUAUGACACGAACUGUGGAGACAGAGGUGUGCUGUUGUCGGGUGGGCAGAAACAGAGGAUUGCUAUAGCUCGUGCGGUUCUGAAGAACCCGUCGGUGCUGCUGCUCGAUGAAGCGACGAGCGCUUUGGAUAGUCAGUCGGAGCGCGUGGUGCAAGACGCGCUGGAGCGAGUGAUGGUUGGGAGGACUAGUGUGGUGAUCGCCCAUAGGCUUAGCACGAUACAGAACUGUGACGUCAUCGCGGUUUUGGAUAAAGGGAAAGUAGUGGAGUGUGGGAACCACUCGACGUUGUUGGCGAAGGGUCCCACGGGUGCUUAUUUCUCAUUGGUCAGUCUCCAAAGAAAUCUCUCUUAAUGGUGAAAGAGAUGAAAGCAGUUGAGUUAAAUAAAAAAAGUAUCUCUUGAACGUGCCUAACAUGUAAUAUGCGGUUCUCACUUAUGAGAACUGAGUUGAGUUAAAUAAAUAAAAAGUAAUCAGUUUUGAAAACACUACGGGAGUAGUGUUUGUUUUAUCAUUACACA